GUUAGUGCCAAUUGUUGACUACCUCUCGAUCCGGUCCUCCGAUAGUGGACUCUUGCCGCUUUGCGAAGCCUGGCCUGCGAGGUGUCGUUCACCAUGCUUGGCUCGAACAACUAAUUCCACCAGACCUUGUUCUUGCCCGCUCACCCUGACCCUGUCCAUUUGGUUGGGGGUUUCCGGACCGAAGUUCCAGGUGUCAUUUAUGCAGUAUACGCAUUGGGCCCAUACAUACUUGAUCUGCAUGCGUCGGUCACCUGGACUUCAAACGCCAACUUACUGUCGGACUGAUUCAUACCUACUUCUUCAUCAAUACAAUCAUGUCCACCAAUGCUCCGGAUAAUGGCGCUGGGAAGCCGCGCCUACACACGGCCCGCUCGUUCCCAAGAAUGGACUCGCCCGAUACGAGCCCUUUCGUUCGCUCCAGAGCCAAGACCGUUCAGUCUGUGGCAAUACCUGAACUGGUAGAUGCCGAGGCCCUUCCGUUAUCCUUGUCGACAUCUGAUGAGGAACGGGUUGAAAGCCCCGACCUGUUCGAGAAACCAGGCUCUUCCGACUUGGGCGACGAUGGGCAGCAGGCUGAAGAGAUCUCGGUGCUUUCACGGGGCAGUCAGGGUCACACGGAGGAGCUACCGAUUGAGCUCGCAAGUAUGACAGACAGAUUUGUCCACUCGCUUACUGCCAAGGUACACUCCUCUCCCCCCACGAUCGAAAGAGUUUCGAGUCGCUUCCAAGAAUUCUACGUUCGAGCGGAAUCCCACAUAGCCACUCAUAUCUCUGCUCUGGCGUCUCGAAUAAACCGCGAUCCUUCUCCAUUCCGUGCCACGCAGGGAAAGUCUAGUAACAAAGGCUCAGAUGGCCGUCAAAUGUUGACAGCGUCGGAGGUCACGGAGAAGAGGAUUGCACGUAAGCAUCUUGCUUCCAAACGUGUUGCUUUAGAAGAAGCCGUGGAACGGAGAGCUUGUGAGACUAUCUACGACAAAAUAUGGAGGCAUAAUAGCACUCUGGAUGAAAUCCGAGACGAGAAGCUGCGCUCCAAGACAGCGGCGCUCUCCCUAGUUGGCAUUAACUUAAAGGAUCUCGGUGUUGAUCUCGACAUCAGUGCAAUCGAUGAAGAGAAGCAGAAAGCAGCAGAUGAAUGUCUUUCUGCUGCACGAGAAUGCCUGGCGAAAAUGAACGAUGACAAGUAUCCUCUAGGCAAACUCCAACAGCUUGCCGCCGCACACAAGGCAAUAGUUGACGCCUUGACUAAAUUGCUGCCGUCUUCUUCCUCUGCUGAUGAAAUCCUGCCUACUCUGAUCUAUUCGCUCGUCACCUGUCCUCCUGAGGGGAUCAACAUCAUUAGCAAUCUCUUCUUCAUCCAGCGGUUUAGGUCGUCUAGUAAAAUAGACGGUGAAACCGCAUAUUGCUUGACUAACCUUGAAGCGGCUAUUAGCUUUCUCGAAAAUGUAGACCUCUCUGAACUCCGCGGGGAGGAAGCCUUUGAGGGCCAGACUAAGGCAGCCAAUGAUAAUUCGACUUCGGCUGGGAGGAAUGAUUCUCUCCAGUCCCCUAACGCCUCCAAGGAAGCAGCAGUAUCGUCGGUUACACCAGUGACAGCCUCGCCUGAACUAUCGAAACCAGUUGGGCAAGACGCCUCUGGCAGUCUGCCCCGACCUCAGUCGUCAGCAAGCACUCAACAACGGCGGCUGAACAAUCUUUUCCAGCCGCCUGCAAAGGUACUCGGGGCUGCUAAUGAUGCUGUCCGUAACACCGCAGACCAGGGACUCAAGAACAUUGGGGCGUCCCUGGACACCAGUUUUAAUUUCCUGUUUGGCCGCCUUAAAGAGCUGCAGUCCAACCAGUUCCCUGCCAAAGACGGAAACGAUCCGGUCUUACCGAAGACGUUGGCAGACGCUCGACGUCUGGUUACGAACCCCAUAUCUACUGGGAACAAUCUGAGCCAAGACGAGAACUCGGCCAGAGAGGCUCGUCCCGCCGAUCGGCCUCCAUUGAGGCGCAUCGGAUCCAAAGCAGAGGAUACUUUUCUAGGGCUGGUUAGUGGCCAGAGAACUCCACGUGAUCGGAGUGUGGACAGCGUUAGGACCCAAGGCAGCUCCAGGAAAACCACGAUUUCUCAGGGCCCGCAGAAAGAAGAGUCCCAGGUUUCCCCGGCAAGCACGGCAUCGCUGGCUACUACGCCACUGGAAUCGAUGCGGAAUUUCGGGAACACUCUCAACCCGCUCAAUCACAUUCCCGGCAUGAUCAGGAACUUUGGACGUGCCGCUCCAGGCACUCCUGACACCCCUGGGCCCAUGCCGUCUCCGAACACUCCUACCGAGAGAAUCAGAGCCUCGAUCCUCUCGCGCGAGGCAUCGUCUUCGAAUGUGCCCACUGCCCCGCCCCGGGUUGAGCGGGUCGAGCGGGUUGACCCGCCUAUUCACCGUUUCCUCCAAAUGCAAAACGCCAGCGAGCUCACAAUCGGAGACGUAUCUGUUUUGCUAGAGGACUACAAGCGCAUUGCUGCAGCACUGUCCAAACAAAGCUCUGCCUGAGUUGAAGCUUCGCUUUUCUUUCUUCAAGGCACAUGAUUCCCACAUGGUUGUUCAUACUACCCCCUCCUGUUUGCCGUAUUUCCGUGGCGAUUUACCGCUCGUUCUUCAUUUUACCAUUGAAUUUGUAGAUCACUGCUGGUGUUCAGUGUUUAGUGUUCAGGUUCAUGUCUUGCAUUUUCAGCCAUUGGGUCGAAAGGCAUCGCUAGCAGUGCUAGUACUUAAUCAAAUGCAGUUUUUUUCAAACAAUGAAUUCGGCGGGGGUAUAGUGACAAUUGCUAACAGAGGGAUUUGAGAAGAACACAAAGUAACAGG